GCGCAGUGCUCAGGUGUCCAGAGUUAUUUUUAAAACCGUCGCCAUUGCUAUGCGACCCUAACGCUUCCUGUGUCCUAAUAUUACUGGAAACAAAAGAUAAGAAAAUACUAACAUGGCCGCUGUUGCAUGGAUAUCAUUCUGACGAAGUGCUCAGUCUUAAAGUUGCUGUGUUCGAAGAACUUUAUUCAGUCAUUUAUUUCUGUGGAGGAUAGAACAAAAUAUGUACGCCAUCUACAGCAGACAGAUAGACAGACAAAGGCAAAAUACAGAGCUUCCGGAAGUUCAGACUUCGGGCGAUGCAGACGAUUUGCCGGGCGGUGAAGGCGAUCGGGUUACCAUAGAAACGAAUUCCGGAUGUCCUACAACAGAGACACACGGCGAUGAGGAUAAUGUUAAUGACGAUGCUGACUGCGGGCAGAGAACGGGUCUGUCAAGCGUGGAUCAGCUUUGGGACAAACUGUGCCACCCACCCACAGAGUGUCACUCCCUCUUGAAAAAACACUUGACGCAAAUUCUUUUUGAUCAGUUAAGACACGCCCAGACCAAAUUUGGCGGAAAAUUGGAAGAUUGUAUUCGCUCAGGUAGGGUACCAUUAGUAACACCAUAGCCUACGCAAUGGUUCCUGUGAUAUUUUUAAAUAGUAAAUGUGAGAUUUUAAAAUGGGCCGAGAUGAUCGGAGAUUUCAAAUAAUAUUCGAGAGAAAGACGUGAAAACGAAAUAAGAAUGAAAACUGAGAUACACGUUCAUGAGUUUUGCAUAAGAAAAUGGAAUGUGAGAUAUGAAAAUAAUGAAAUAGUUUGUUUUUUUUUUGUUUUAUGAGCUUUGUAAGAAUUUAGAUAUUUUAUAAAAAUCCUUUAUAUUAACCUCGGUUUUGUUUGUUGAUUUCUGGGCAGCAAAAUUUUCGGACGGCUAAAUGUCCCCUUUUCCCGCCAAGCUAUCCAGCUGAAACUUGGCACAUGGUUUCGUUGCCGAUGUCAACCCGUUAUUUCAAUAUUUCAGCCCCACCCCCAAACCCCAAAAGACCGUUUUUCCUGUUUUUCAAGUGGAACAUGGAGGAAAAUUCCCGAUAACUUCGCUAAAUGAGAUUAUUUUUUUUUUAAAUAUCGUUUGGUGCGUAAUAUUUUAUUUGGAUUUUCUGAAAUGGUGAAAUAAAUUUGUGAUGUAAAAGCGGGUGGGUCAUCUUAAUAUAGUUCGGGGGCGUGACAAAAAUGUGCGGGUAAGUGCCAUUUGGGGGGGGGGGACUAAUUGGGAUUCUUAUAAAUUUCUUAUAAUUAAGAUUCUUAUAAGCUAAGUGCUAUUAUUCCCCCCCAAAAAAAAAUGUAUAAAGGAUUUAUACGAAAAAAAUUAUUUUUAAUUUGUGAAUGAUGAGCCAGGUAUCAGGUAUUUAUUUAAAUUAAAAAUUUGAGGUAGUUCCGGGGGUUGGGGUGCCAAGAGCAUUCUGUAAGUCUGCCAGCGGUAACAUAUGCCCCUCGGCAUGGGCGCAUGCCUCGUGGGAAACACACUUAUUGUAUCUCAUGAUGCUCCCACAGUCAAGCAGUUUUUGACCUGCAUAAAGGUAGACAGACACAGAAGGUCUAACAGAAGGUCAAACAGGGACAAACCCACUUCCUAUUUUUUUUUUAAAUCUCAAAAUAGUGAAUUUAAAGAUAUGGUACCUUUUUAGUUCAGAUCGUGUUAAUGAGACAUUAAAUUCUGCAAGAAACAGCUGGGAAUAACGGAGAGUGACUGAUGGAGAGUUUCUCCCGGGGAAAUAAUGAUACUAGGUCAUUUCGUAUGUUAGGGACAGUGUUUGUCAUUCUUAUCACACGAAAUUAUCUACAUUUUAAUUGUACCAGGCACCAAGAGCCCAAUGUAUUUAUUGCGCUAUGUUCAUCUUCUGAAAAUUUUGAGGUUUUGGUGACCGACCACCGAAGACUCGCGGUCCGGCGGCUGUCGUGAUCCAACUAACGCAAAAGAAAUAGUUUAAACUGUGUAAAAGUGCACGUGGAAUCACACCAGAAUAUUAAGUUUCAUAUAACGGAAGUAAUCUUUGACCGGUGCGCACCGUUCAUCGCAAGACUGACUUUCUACUUCCGGGCUUAAAAGUUCUAAGUGGGUAUUUUUUUUUAAAAAAUCAGUUAAAGAAGUCUCCUAUCUGGUAAGAUUAUCAGAACUGCCCCCAAAAAUCCGUGCCUUAGUUCGUCAGAAAAAAAAACCAUGAUAACCUGACCUAUCGACGAAAAAGCUUGCGUCGGGACAUAAGCUUUUUGGCAGCUGAGAUGUGCAAUCGGGAAUUUGCUUGAACCACGGGACAUUUGUUUUGGAGCCAUAGAUUGGUUGUUGCGUAUGUCACAUGGUCUGAAACACGUACUCCACAGGAAUGGAAAGAAAUUAAGGACUUUGUUCCUUCGCUUUGAUACGUUUCGCCAUUUUUUUUUGUCGAUAGUUGCAAGAAACUUAAGCAAUCGGUCAAUUUUAUCUUGUCUGACUUGUUCAAACAAAAGCAACAUAUAGAAUGGGGGAACCGCGCGAUCCUUUUGUUGAGGUCGAUGGUCUUUACAGAAGACUGUUAGGCGCGACGGACUGCAAGUCUUUGCUUAGAAAACAUCUGACCAAUAAUAUAUACACGCGUAUAAAGUUUUUGAAGACGAAAUUCGGCGGAACUCUAGCUGACUGCAUUCGUUCAGGUAAGAGACCAGUGUGCCUUCUGGACACCGCUGGACACUGAUAAGUGAACAUGUUGGAGCGCAUUUAUUUAUUUAUUUUAUUAUUAUAGUGAAAUGCAAAGUCUCCUCCUGUCAUAAAAUUUACAUCGUUGCUGCCUCCUUGAAACCCUCAUUAAUUUAUAUAUAUAUAUAUAUAUUAAAUGUGCGGCUAAUUUCUCUAAAGAUGUAACAUGUCAAGAUUUCAUCAUAGACUCAGAUUUAUGCACAUAACACAUAAUAAAACUGUUAAAAUGUGUCUAUUUAUUCGAAUGCUGAUCUUCACACAGUCACAUGACAUGCUGCUGUUGUUUGUUUAUUCAGCUUUUAUUAAUUUCCUAUUUUCAACUUUUUAAAAAGGCCGAAAAUCAAACUUUGUUUAAAAAUGGAUUUAAUCUUCGCUAUAAAAAUGUAAUUUCGGAUCUGUUUGUUUAAAAAUGGAUUUAAUCUUCGCUAUAAAAAUGUAAUUUCGGAUCUGUUUGUUUAAAAAUGGAUUUAAUCUUCGCUAUAAAAAUGUAAUUUCGGAUCUGUUUGUUUAAAAAUUGAUUUAAUCUUCGCUAUAAAAAUGUAAUUUCGGAUCUGUUUGUUUAAAAAUUGAUUUAAUCUUCGCUAUAAAAAUGUAAUUUCGGAUCUGUUUGUUUAAAAAUUGAUUUAAUUUUCGCUAUAAAAAUGUAAUUUCGGAUCUGUUUGUUUAAAAAUUGAUUUAAUCUUCGCUAUAAAAAUUUAAUUUCGGAUCUGUUUGUUUAAAAAAAAAUAUUUCUGUUAUACUAUUUUGUCUCGAAUAUUGCUGACCCAGUGUACACCUGACCAAUGUUCCCUCUAAGGUUUGUUGAUUCGUGUGCAAAAUCCUACAGUUGUGUGCAAAGUUUUACAGCAUCAAUUUUUUUUUGUGUGCAAAAUUUUACAGCCCACAAACACACACUUGCAUGGAAAUUUGCUGCGUGGAUACUCAAAACUGCUGCGCGGCGUCUGUGAGAUAGCUGCGCGUUAGCGCAGCUUAAAGGGAACACUGCAUCUGACCCAAUGUACACCUGACCCAGUGUACAUCUAACUUCACCAUAUAAUCUCUAACGCGAUUAUAACACUGAAUGAGCGUGUGAGGUGUCUGUUCUCAAAGGGCAGGGAUGUUUAUUAUCCUUUUGUUUUUACCACCCCCCCCCCUAAUUUUUGUUGUUUUUUUUGUGUUUUUUUAAAAUCCACUUUCAAGGAUUAACAAUGUAUGAGGAUGCAUAGCGUGUUAGGCCUAACAAUGUAUGAGGAUGCAUAGCGUGUUAGGCCUAACAAUGUAUGAGGAUGCAUAGCGUGUUAGGCCUAACAAUGUAUGAGGAUGCAUAGCGUGUUAGGCCUAACAAUGUAUGAGGAUGCAUAUCGUGUUAGGCCUAACAAUGUAUGAGGAUGCAUAGCGUGUUAGGCCUAACAAUGUAUGAGGAUGCAUAGCGUGUUAGGCCUAACAAUGUAUGAGGAUGCAUAGCGUGUUAGGCCUAACAAUGUAUGAGGAUGCAUAGCGUGUUAGGCCUAACAAUGUAUGAGGAUGCAUAGCGUGUUAGGCCUAACAAUGUUUCAUUUCUUUCCGCAUUCGUUAGUUUCAACAUAUUUUUACCCGCCACCCUUCAAGCAUACGCACAACAGGCCUGCUACAGUGUACGCACAACAGGCCUGCUACAGUGUACGCACAACAGGCCUGCUACAGUGUACGCACAACAGGCCUGCUACAGUGUACGCACAACAGGCCUGCUACAGUGUACGCACAACAGGCCUGCUACAGUGUACAUACCCUUGCUUAUUAAUUUAGACGAAGUUUUUAAUAAACCUUACAGUUCCAGGGAUGGGUGGGGUAGGCGUGAGGUUUUGUUUACUGGAAUGUGGUACAACCUGUCUAUGGCCUACUCCAGGCUUUAACAUUUAUUUUUUUUUUAAUGCAGACCAUUAGUUUUGAUUUCAACCAAUGGCACACCACCCUCUAAAACAAGUCGCAGAACACAUUAAAGUUUUCUUUCACCCUAAACAACGGCCGGCACGCUUCGGGGCUGUUAGGUGUCGACGGCUGCCGCCCCCCCCCAACCCCUCCCCUAUCUCCAGCGCCAACACCCCAUAUAUUCAAGCCAAAUGGGGUUUUCCAGAGCAUAUUACUUCUUUACAUUAAAUAAGUGACACGUCUUAAAUUGAAAUAUAUCUAAAUGAUUUAAUCUCAGAAUUCCGUUAAAAACGCUCUUGGUGAAACAUCGACUCCAAAACAAACCGAAAAUGGUGCAGAAUUGUUUCACAAAGCGUGACCUUGCCCUUCGUUUCGUUUCAGGCUGUGAGAACACAGACAGCGGUGUCGGUGUCUACGCCUCUGAUCCCGAGGCCUACACCACGUUCGCGCCUCUCCUGGAUGCCGUCAUCAAGGAUUACCACAAGGUCAGCGAGCUGAACCACCCCCAGCCGGACUUUGGCGACGUCGACAAGCUGGACUUUGGCGACCUUGACCCAUCUGGUAACCUCAUCGUCUCCACUCGUGUCCGUGUUGGUCGCAGCCAUGACAGUUAUGGCUUCCCCCCAGUACUUACACUCGAGGUAAAUUGUCAGACAAGAAAAUGACCCAAAAAACCCGACUAUUCAUAGUAUAGGAUAUUCAGUCAGACUUUUGCUUUUUGGCAAUAUAUCAAAGGCUGUGGUGUCUUAUAUUCUCAUAGACCAUUUUGGCUGAAUUGGAUUGGCCAACAAUUAAUGUCCACCUUUCUGUCUUCCUCUUUAUAUUCAGCUUUGUCAGAGCUCAUUUCCAAUGUUCAGAAAUGUUGUCCAAUGUUCAGAGCUCAUGUCCAACGUUCAGAGCUCAUUUUCAAUUUUCAGAGAUGAUGUCCAAUGUUAAGAGAUGAUUUUCAAUGUUCAGAGAUGAUGUCCGAUGUUCAGAGAUGAUGUUCAGUGUUGUUUCAGCUAUACUUGAAGUAUUAGCCGUAAGACGUGCCCUGCAAAGUUCAUUCUGCUGCACACCAACUAUAUUUUCUAUGCUCUGUUUUAUUACUUAUUCGACUUUGGCCAUCAUUACUUUAGCUGAUCACCAUUGAAUUUCUCAAAAAUACGCAGCCUUCAUUUAGACAAAUUAUUUUGAGCAUGAGUUGUUUUCUUCAUCAUGGUCCACGGUUUGCUGGCAUACGGUAUGACAAGGGUUGAAACUAGAGCUGUGAUACCAGAUUUAAUAAAAUUGCCAAUCCGUAUUUACAAUUGCUAAACAUUGUACCCUAGAAAUAUGAAAUAUAUGAACUACAUACGUUUUGAAAUGUGUGAAUUAUGGACCCGCUAAACUUUGAAAGAUUAAAAAUGCGUAACUGGAAUGAACUAUCUCACAAAUUUCAGUCCUCUGGGAGCAUUAGGGGAAUCCUGAGUAAAUGUCGGCUAUAAAAGUCAGGAAAAAAAAGAAGAAAAAUAAAACAGCUUGCACCAAUCAUGCCAGAGUUCACAUUAGUUAUUUUGAUGGACAGUGUCUCGGGGAUUAAUGACUUGCUAGGCAGGAACUUUGGGAGUGGGAUCGUUUCGAUAGGGGUAGGAGUCGUUUCGAUAGGGGUAGGAGUCGCUAAAGUCUCAGAUCAACAAUUUCAGGCCAACGUAACUGCUGAUUUAAAAAAAAAAAAAAAAAAAAAAAACUACAUUGUUAAUGUGACAAGGAAGAUGUUCAGUCACAAUUUAAACGUCUUUCUAUUUUGGAGCUUAUCAGAACUCUUCACCAAAAGAGACCGAUUACACUUUGAAUAAUAUUCUAGUUAGUAAAAGGACUAAAUUUCGGCUAUUUUAAGUCGAUGAACUAAUCAACAUUCUUUUUAAUGUGCUAACACCAUAUUUCUUCCACUUUAUUUAGAUUUAUUGAAAUAGUUUUUGCCUAAAAUCACCCCUUGCUCUGUCCGUUCCAUAUCCCUUUUUUUCUGAUUUAAGUGUGGAAAAAAAUAUAUCGGACAAUUUUUACAUAAGAGAUUUUUUUGUUUUAGCUCGAUGAAUUUGUUUUACUGGCUUUUACUAAAUCUGAAACCAAACAAUCGUUUGAACAUUCUUCCAUGCACAGGACAGAGUUGAAAUGGAGAAGAAGACAGUCGAGGCACUGCAGAAGUUGGAAGGUGAGCUCAAGGGAACCUACUACCCACUCACCGGAAUGACCAAGGAGACCCAGAAACAGUUGACAGAGGACCACUUCCUCUUCAACGAUAGUGACAGGUGGGAGUCAUGAAUAGCAUUUACCUGUAGUGACAGGUGGGAGUCAUGAAUAGCAUUUACUUGUAGCGUCAGGUGGGAAUCAUAACUAUUAUUAAAUAUAAUCCUCACCAACAAAAGUGUACCAUUUAAAAAUAUUGCUUCCAUUGCAAUCUUUUGCAUCUUGUCGAUACUGGCCAUGAGAAAAUCUACAGCUUUAAGAUUAAAUCUUGAAGCUCUCUUCGUUUUAAAGACACACAAAUACUGCCUUCAUUGACCAGACAUGUGUCAGUGAGGCAAACGGCUGCAGACCUUUUCACAAUUCAAAACCUAUCCAUUACUAUACUAGGUUAUAGUUCAAUAGAAAUUGUAUUGCAUCAAAGGAUGGGAUAACUAAUUAAUUUUGUUGAUUUAAGGUUGGAUAUGUUGUAAUUGUUUCAAAGUUGUUUCAAAUGCUAGGCUUUUUUUGUUAAUUUGUUCACUGAUUAAUGGAGUAUCUGUAACUUGAUGUCAGGUUCUUGAGAGCAGCUGGAGGCUACAAUGACUGGCCCACCGGCCGUGGUAUUUUCUUCAAUGACAACAAGACUUUCUUGGUGUGGGUCAACGAGGAGGAUCACCUCAGAUUCAUCUCUAUGCAGAAGGGAGGUAACCUGCAAGAGGUCUACACAAGACUUGUCAAGGUACUCGCCCUGAUACCAGCAACGGUUUAUUGAAAGUGAAGAACAAACACAAAAGUCAUGUUAAUAGUUUAAAUAAGAAUCUAUUAGCACGCGCUCCUCCCAGAAGGGUAUCAGUUUUAAUUGGAGUUUCAAACUUUUGUAAAAGUUAAGCCUACAUUUUUUAACACAUAUUUUAAAGCUCAAAAACUUUAAAUCAUAAAACCAAAGAACAUUUCAGUUUACCUUCUACGAGAAUAAGAUUAAUUUUUUUUUACAAGUAAUUGUAUUUUAUGUAUAAAUAAUAUAUACAAAAGUUUCGUUGCCUUGUUGUAAAUUUAACUUUGAUUCAAUUUUCAAUCAACCCAAAAUCAACCCAAAUAUUUUGUCUGCAGGCCAUCAAGGCUCUUGAGGGAAGUGGUCUCUCAUUUGCCAAACGUGAAGGUCUUGGCUACCUGACUUUCUGCCCCUCCAACCUGGGCACCACACUCCGUGCCUCUGUGCACAUCAAGAUCCCCAAGCUGUCUGCCAGCCCCGACUUCAAGGCUUUCUGUGACAAACUCAACAUCCAGGCCAGAGGUAAAUGCACUCAUUUAAAGAUGGGAUUUUUCUCCAGUAAAGAUUAGGGUGCAUGCUGUUCUGUGAUAUUUUACAAAAGUGCUAGGUUAAAAAAAAUCAUUGGGAUUACUUUCCUCGUAAAUUAAUUUAAAAGUCCCUAAAGUCAUUCUGUGAAAUAUUUUAGCUUCAUUGUUGGUCAUUGAGAAGAUGAAAAGAGUUAUGGACUUGACUGAUAAGCCAAUUAUCUUGGAUAGAUUUCCUAUGUCAGACAGGUUUAUAUUGGGGGAAAUUGCUUUGAAUAAGUUAGUUUAUAUUAUAAAAAAAUGUAACCUGCCAAACAAUGUACCACAACAAGGCCUGAACUUCCCAUGUACUAAAAUUACUUAACAAAACACGCAUUGAAGUAAAGGACUUUAUAAGAGUCCCAAUGGCUCACAACCGCACAUUUUUUUUAAUGCCCCUGAACUAUAUUCAUAUUCUAAUGUCCCACUUCCUGUCAUAAUAUAAUGCAGAUUUAUAACAUUAUUGAAAUUUUAUUUACUGAAUCAGCUCCAUAUGGUACAUAAAGAAUUGUAUAUUUGAUUCUCCGUGGCAAAUUUUAUUUUCAAUUUUUAAAUUAAAUUCUCAACUACUAUGAAAUGUAGAAAAUCAUACAAUCACAAUUAUUGAUAAUUAUUUUAUUGAAUAGAUAUUAUUACUGAUCUCAAUUUGACCUUUUUUCAUAACUUACAAAAAUGAAAGACAAUUCCUCAGUGCUGAUAAAACAAAUGGUCAAUUUAGUGGUGAUAAAACACUUGGUUCAAUAGAUCUUAUAUUAUUAACUAUGAAUGUACACAUGAUUUCUCAAACUUAAUUUAAUAUAUUCCAGGAAUCCACGGAGAGCACACAGAAUCUGUUGGUGGUGUUUACGACAUCUCCAACAAGAGGAGAUUAGGUCUCACUGAAAUCCAGGCCAUCCAGGAGAUGAGAAGGGGUGUUGAGGCUGUCAUUGCUGAGGAGAAGAAAUUGGGGGGUUGAAUAUCUUAAUCCUAUUUUACCUUUAGAUAUGAAAAAGAAAAAAAAAAAAUUUAACUAAAAUUUAAAUGAUCAGUCCCUAAAACCACAUCCUCAUACCCCUGUUUAGAUCAAUUUUUUUUUUUACUAGCCACUCCCCGGCAUUAUAACUCCUACAGAAUUAUUUUAUUCCAUGUGCAUCACUUGUAUAUAGUGUUUAGUUUUGGUGCAAAGUACUGCAUAUUGAUUUUUGUUUAUUUUAACACCUGUUUAGUAGUAUUUGAUUGCUUCUACCUGAUUAAAGCCAUCCAGUUUCAUUUCUUCUAAUCCUAUGAAAAAUGCUUGUCACAUGUCAGAGGUAUAUCAUCAGGAUCAAAACGGACUCUUGUCUAAUUACCAGCUGUUUCUUUUUUUUUAAGAGGCAUUUUUCUUAUGAUUUGAAGAAUCAGGAUGUGGAAGUGAUUCAAAAAAUUAUUUAGUUUUAGAUUUACAUAAAUUCGAAUUGCACUGAACUCAAAUCUGACGCGUAACUGUGAUUGCUUAAUUUAAAUUAAACAACAGCAUUUUCUAUUGUCAGUUGUUUUUUUCUUUUCAAUUAAAAAAAAGUAAAUAACCAGCUUGCUGUCCUAAUGAAUGAUGGUGAACAAAGAAUUUAUUCAGCUUUAAGGAAAUAAAACAUUGAAAUCGCAAAGCCAUCCAGCUUAAACCAAGGAGCGGAAAUCUGUUCAACUGGAUCAUCAGUAUUAUAAUGACAUGUGAUAAAAAUUUAUAUAAUUAUUCAAAAUAAAAUAACUUAUUUUUAAUUUUAAAAACAUUUUUUUUUAAAUAUUUAAAAUUUUUAAAAAGUUUUUAUGUAUUUUCUAUAAACCACACUUUGUGGCUAUAUUAGAAAGUGAUGUGUGUGUGUGUUCUUAGAGAUGCAAGUAAAUCACAAAUGAAACCUGAUGACACAAGCUAUCACAACAUCCAGGUUAACUUUUUUUUCAGAAAUCAGCAUCAAUCAAAACUUUGCUAUUUCAUAUUUUUAAAAAUCCAGAUUUUUUUUUUAAAGCAGAGAAAAUGCAUAUUUGUUAAUUUUGUAAGGAGCCUGCUUAAAAUUAUGUCAGUCAAUAAAUUAUUAUUCACUGAAAAUAAAAACUGACCAACAAAAAUGAAACAUCUUCCUUGUGCCACCAAGUCAAUAAAGUAUUUGAUUUUCAAAAAAGCUUUUCAUAGUUUUGUGAUUUUUACAAGUCCUUUUUUUAAAAAAUGAGAAUGUAAAAAAGACUGACAAUAUUUAAAAUCUAAAUAUCUGCAUAGGAUUUAUGGGAGUUAGGCAAUUAAAUUAGUUAUUUUUGAGUUUGAAAAUAAGUUUCCUUUGGACCCACGGAAAGCAACAUUUCACAAAAAAUAUUUGAAAUAAAGUGCAUUCUUGACGUUAGGGUUUAUGUAAUUGCUCAUUUACAAUAAGUGGAAUGGAAUUAUGAAAAAUAAUUUCAAGCACAAAACAAUGUUUAUAUUUUUUUUUUUAUUUACAAAAUGGUGCAUUUAUUUUCUUUCCAUUCAUAAUAAUGGGUUUAUCACAGAACACAUGCAAAUAUUAUUUUACAUUCUAAAGUUAAAAUUUUUAAAAAAUGUAUUAAACCUCUAUCAACACUACACCCUUGAUAGAUAUUAAUAGUUGUAGAGCAUACAAUUAAAAUUCAUUCAAAAAGUAAACAGAUUUAUUUUUAAGUUUUUGAAUCCAAUUCAUUUAAUCUGGACGGAUGGAUUAUUUUAGCUGAAAUGAAUUUUGAAGAUAAAUGAAAUAUUCCUAAUUAAAAAACAUUUGAUUAUUAAAUGUUAAAGUUUAUAAUAGCAGGCCAUUUACAUUAGAUCUAUUCAGACAUUGACACUUAAACAAAUGCUUUAUUUAUGUAAUCUUUGCAUAUUUUUAGGAGUUUUUUAAAAUAGAAAAUAUGCAUUAACGGAAACAAAUUAUAUAAAUAAGAUUUAUUGUAUUUAUAACUUGCCACUUACUUCCAUCACUUUAGUUUAGGUUGGUCUAAUUAACACAUGUCAGCCAAUAGACUUAUUUAAUGUUUAAUAAUUUUUAUUUCUCUACAGAUUAUAAUUAAUUGGCCCAUAACAUCCAGACAAAGAAAAAAACAUAACUUAAAUACCCUAACAAAGUUUAUUUUCACCAUAAAAAUUAAAUUUAAUCAUAA